AUGGGUAAAAAAGCCGCUGCCGCCGCCGAUGUUUCGAAGAAGAACUGCGCCUGUGGUCGUCAUGCCAUGGGAGACAAGGAGCCCUGCCGCUUCUGCCCUCGGGUCGUCUGCGAUAGUUGCCGAGAGGAGUACUGCUGUGGCCCCAUCUGCGAAAAGUGCAACGAGGACCGCGAGCACCUGAUGCAAUGCGACAAGUGCGAGGCUCCUGUGUGCGAAAAGUGCAUCGUCAUCACCAAAGGUGCCCGCGAAGGCAAUUCCUGCAAGAAUUGCAAGAAGAGCGCUGUCCACGUUGGAGCCGAGGCCCAGCCUGCCGGCAUCACCGUCUAG